CUGGAGAUUCUACACGCGCUCUUCCUCCUACCUCUUUUGUUUCGUGCACAGUCAGUCAGACCAGCUUUUGGGAGCCAUAGCUCAGUCUGGCUACAGCCUUUUUCCUAGUGAAUGGGCACAGAGUGCGACGUGUUUUUAAAGGUAAUCGUCUGGGACACUGCACGUUACCUUUAAAAAGGCUGUUCGAGAGAGCGCAUGGAUUGCAUAAGUCAGGGAGACGCGCUAAGGAGAACCGUUGGGAGCGCUCUCUUUUGAAAAUACUUAGGAUGUAAUUGAGGGGAUCUUCUUGUGUGAAAUGUCAUUUCAUCCGUGAAACUGUUCACGCUCGAUCUAACAGCACGUUGUACGAUAAACUCAGAUAAUUGCAUGGCAUAGGAGGAAUCUGAAACUUCAAAUAUCAGACGCUAAUAACUUGGGAGGUUGGAAUGUAUCGGCAAGAGGUGAAUGCCCAUUCAUAUAUCCGUUACCAUGCGUAGUUGCGCAUGAGUUGGUCUCCGUGAGGAAAAUGAACCCGAGAAGUAAUUCGUCCGUAUGUUCAGAAUCGUUCCCUCGUUUGGUCACGCCAAAGCCAGAAAUCCAUGGUUUGUAAUUUGUCUGCGUUGUAGCCUUGUAAACCGUGCAAAUGCUGGAAUGGUUUGGUGCUGUGUUUAUCCUUCUUAUAGUGGCUGCAAUCUGGCCAGCCUCAAAAUAUUUUGGAAUAUCGAGCCAGCCAUCAUCGGGGGUCCAAGGACUAGUAAAUGCACGCCGAGAAUGGAGGGAGAAAGUCUUGGAAAGGUGUAUCCCCAGCCGCGAUGUCGGAGCAGGUCAAAGUGUGGACGGAUCACCAGGUGAAAGCCCUACCGUCGCACUAAUAUGCAAGCCGUCCGCGUUGGCCAACUACCUUCUGAAACACUGCGUAACUUUCUGCAAAUUACGGCCAUGCCCAACAUGGAACUGGCGGGCAAGCCCUUUGCUGCAAAGCAUUUUCGGCAUCUGCUGGCCUUACGAUUGCCCUGUUCACUUUGUUCGGGACCAUCUUCAGCUGAGCGACGACGGUAUAGUAGCAUUGGACUGGGCUGUGGCGGCCUCAACCUCCAUUCACAAGAGGAGGCGGACAUCCAGCAAUUCAACUAGCCCCAUCCUUCUCAUCAUACCAAAUUCUUUUGGUAAAAUUACCAGGAAUGUGUUGAAGCUCUGUGAGGGGGCCCUGACGCACGGCUACCUGCCCGUGGUGUUCAACCGACGCGGCCAGAACGGCACGCCACUCGGCACCGUCAAGCUGCAGCAGUUCGGCGACCCGUCAGACCUGCGCGAGGCCGUGCGCUACAUUCGGUACCGGCAGCCGGCAGGCAGGCUGUACGCGGUGAGCGAGAGCACCGGCUCGGGUCUGCUCCUCUCCUACUUGGGCGAGUGCGGCUCAUCCAGCUACGUGACGGCGGCCGCCUGCCUCUCGCCCGUCUUCCGCUGCCAGAGCUGGUUUGAGAGCGGCCCCGCCUGGCCCUUCCACUGGGCCCUGCUGCUCUACCAGAAGAUGUGGCUCAGCAGGUACCGGACGGUGCUGGGGGACACGGUGCAGACAGAUGCCCUCUUCUCCAGCUCCUCCCUCAGGACCAUGGAGGAGGUUCUAUUCUGCCGGCCCGGCCCAAAGGCCUCUCCGCUGGACACCGGCGGCGGCUGGGACGCCUACUGGGAGCGCAACGACCCUCUGCGUGACGUGGACGAGGUGGCCAUCCCGGUACUGUGCGUGUGCAGCCAGGACGACCCGGUGCGCGGUGAGCCCGAGUCUUCCCUCCCCCUGGAGCUGUUCGAGAGCAACCCGCACUUCUUCCUGCUUCUGACCGCCCAGGGUGGCCACUGCGGCUUCUCCUCCGUGCCCGUAGAGGGUGCUGUGGACGCCAACGUCUGGAGCCACCAGGCGCUGCUGGACUUCCUGCGGGCCACCAGUGACUUCUUCGCGGCCGAGGAGCGGGCAAAGCACGCGGCCCGCCGCCGGGGGCUCAGCGGCAGCGGCAAGGCGUUGCGCCACCGGACGGUCAGCACCUGCAAGAAGGUGCCCAUCUGUUCGCACAACAUCCACGCCAUCUACAGCUGGCAGAGGUCCUACACCAGAUGAUGGCGGAGCGAACCACGACUCAGUGGGGCACACUGCCUUGGACUAAUACAGGAGUGGGAGGACACGGGGUCAUGUGACUGAAGGCUUAGAAGUGGUACCAGUGUAGAUUCACGGUGUGAUGAGUCAGGGUUUGUUUGUCUGUUCAGUUUUGGCUGGUGGAUGUAUUCAGACAGCUUUGUUAUACCAACAGUCAUGAUGAUCUUUCACUGCUGAGCUUUCAAAUUACAACUACAAAACAAACAUGUGGGAACAAUUACAGCUACUGUUUAGAUGUUGUUUCAUGAACUGUGUCCUCAUCUCCAAACCACUUUAUCAGGAAGUAUUUUCACAAGGUGCACUUAUUAUUGGUCUUGUUAAAUGGCAUUUUUCACAUGAGGUUGCCAAAUUGUAGCAGUGUUUUUUCAUGUCAUAUUUAUCCAAGUGUUUCUGAAUUCCAGCCUGUUAAACGCUUACUCAUCAUAAGAAGUAUCCAUUUACUGAUGGAUCAGAUUAAGGACACACGCAGGGUGCUUUUAUAUUGGGAUUUAUUGAAGAUUUUUUGUCCAGCUCGACAAAAUUGGGUUUGCACAUUGGUGAACAUUAGAAGUCUGUUCUGUAUCCCCACUGGAAAACUGAGCAUGAAGAUCACAUAGACAAGGUGUCUGAACAUCUGGCAUUUCUGUGGGAUGGCAGAGGACUCUCUGGAAAAAUCGACAUGACGUGAUGGUCUUUUGGAGAGCAGGGCGGAACUAGUUAGUGGGUUUUCAAGAUCUUGUAAUUCAAGCCCUGGUUUGUUUAUAACAGAGAUCACAAGCUCCUCUGGACUUGCUACCCCUUUUUGUGUGUUUUCCAAUGUUGUAUGUCAGUAUAAAUUGUCAGUAUAUUAUCUUGGAGUUCAGUGGGGGGAAAAUUAAUAAAAUAUAUGGUAAGUUAA